UAUUAAAGGUGAAUGGAACCACAGACAGUGGCAAUCAAUUAUCAUUUUUAAUAAAAAAAUUUAGAGCAAGAUGUUUAAAAGACAUUGUGUAUCGCUUUUAUUAGCGUUCAGUGCGUUCAGUUGCCUGACAGUUGUAAACGCUGCGGCUGUAUCGCACAUAGCCUUCAUGAAGGACGCCAAUUUCAAACCAAAGUGUCCUUUAACUGUGCAAACAGAACCGUUACAAAAGCCGCUGGUAUUACUGCGUUUGUCACAAUCCUCGUUUGAUGCCACAGAUGCGGAAUUAGCGGAGAAAGAAGAAGCGGACAUGGAUGUGAGCGAAGAAAACGAUGAUGAAAUUGAACACGAGCGUAAUCCAAAUGGAUAUAGACUUGUUGAGCUCAACAAAGCGCAGUUGCAAAAACUUAUUGACAGCGGCAAACUGCAGUUGGUCGAGAAGCCGGGUACAAGCUCAAGCGCAACAAUGCUACAGGUACACAAUGAGGAUGCGGACAAUUGGAUGGCUGACGAUGAACGCUCGAAAAAGCGGCCCUGGCGUAAAAUUCAACGUAUUAUACGUCGGCAGCUGGUUAAGAAACCGAAGCGAUAUUUCAAAAAAAUUGCCCAUCAAAUUGGUUGAGUAUAAGUAAUCAAAUGAAUAUUUUAAUGAAAUUAAAUGAUGAAUGAAUUUCUCUGAGUUUUUUAGAAAAUAAACGGCAAUUGACUUUUAAACAGUUUUUGUAAAUUUUAAUAUAUAUUUUUAUCCUUUAAACACGUUUAUUAGACCAGAGCAGUUAAUAUGUGAAAGCAAAAAAAAUUACAGUAAGAAAAAAAUUUUA